AAAAAAAGUUCAAAUAACCUUUUUCCAAGUUCAGUUAUGUCCCAAGUGUCGCAAGAAAAAAGUUCAGACGAUAAAAACGUACGUCAACGUAGGUUAUGUGGAUUUAUUGAAAGGGUAUAGGGCGCUACUUAGUUUUCGGUGUUCAUACAGUUGUCGCAUGUCAAAGUUAAAUUUCUUCCUGUGCAAUAAAUAAAUUUUUCCCAACAUUUUGUACCAAGUUUAAUGUGAAAUUUUCUAGUCUUUGAAGAAAUUGACAGAUUUUACCGAGGAAGUCUUCGGCCUGUUACCAUUUCAUUUUGCAAAAACGAAGUAAACAUUGAAAUUUGAAAUAGGACUGUAAAGGGUAAAUUAAACAAGUGAAUUGACAUAGAAACAAACUAUUUGCGAUAUCUGCUCAUUUCAUUUGACUCGGAAGGACGGAGUUAAAUGUGGACCAUAUGUGGACAGACGAAAUAGUUCGGGCUGAAUCGCAUAUGUAAUAGCUGUUACCGUAUCAAUAUUUUGCCAUCACAUCGGUCAGAAAUAGAAACGCUGAGUUUCAAAAAGAAAUUCCGUCAGUGAAUUUAAAAUCUUAAAUUUCCGUCUCCAUUACUUUGGCGCUUCGCCAGAAAUCACCAAAGCACGUAAAGGACACGCAAAAUGUCAGAAAUUCUAUCUGAAGAGACAAACAGAAAUGAUGAAACACUUUCAAGUGUUUUGACACAAACAAAAAAUCAAGCCAUCAUUCAAAAUGCGUAUAAAAACAUAAAAAAGAUGUUGAGCCAUGUGACCCUCGAGCCUAUGCUCUUUUUGAAAAUGGUGGCAGAGGGAAACGUUGUAGUGAUAGCCGACACUUUACAGAUUGAACGAGCUUGUCGUGUAAACCUCAACUUUAGCCAAGAAGAUUGCGUGUCCAUGGACGAUGGAAAUCACUCACAAAUUCAAGAAGCAGUACAGGUGUAUCAAAACAACUUCAGCUAUUAUCAAAGUUUGACGGCCAGCCUUUUGCCCGUUUUGAUUAUUCUCUUCGCGGGGUCGAUUAGCGACCAGUACGGUAGGAAACUGCCAAUGAUCAUCGUACUGGGCGGGUUUGUAGUGUACGCAUUAAUUUACAUAGUAAUGAUUUUAAAUCCAUCGUGGCCAGUUGAAGUUCUCUACGCUGCUUCAAUAGCCGUCAAUGCAACAGGAAGUUGGGUCGUUUUCAACAUGGCAGUCUACAGCUAUUUAGCUGACAUAACUGCAGUAGAGACACGUACAAAACGUAUGGGCUGGAUGGACGCUGUUUGGUAUAUGGGAGGGCCAAUUGGAACAGUGAUGGGUGUAUGGCUGUACCGCUCAUACGGCUACAUAGCUGUAUUCGCAGUCUCAGCCAUUUUGUGGUUCAUCUGCUUAAUUUAUGUUGUUGUUGUGGUCAAAGAAAGCGUCGUACAGACAACUGAAACGAUGGUGAAAAGAAAACCCUUUCAACUUGUGCUUGAUUUAAGCAAAGCAGCUUCCAAAUGUUAUCCACACAGAGGUCGAUUUCAUUUGUUCUGGCUUGUUACUAUUAAAUUGGGGGUAUUUCUCGUCCAAGGCCAUCAGGUUUAUUUAUGGGCCCGACGCGUGCUGGGAUGGGAUGCCACUCAGUAUUCGCACUGGUCGAGCGCAAAUGAUAUUUCCCAUCAAGUCGGCAUGGUUUUUUGGGUCGGAUGGGCAUCGUUUUACCACCUAUCCAAUUACACAGUCGCUGCAUUUGGAUUGGCGUCGAUCGCUUUAUGGAACAUUAUUUUAGCCUGCAUUACCGGGCCAUCAAUGUGGUGGUUGGUUAUCAUCGCAACUUUGUCAGGCGUCCUGAAGGCCAGCAUUGAACCUGCUCUUCGAGCUCUCAUUACUACGAUACCGGACAAAAGCGAUGUUGGAAAAAUAUUUGCAUUUGUUGGGCUUUUAGAAUGUAUUUGGCUGACUAUCGAUAGGUCUGUCUAUACGCAUCUUUACAACGCGUUAAUCUUGUCUUUCCCUCAGAUCAAUUAUGUGGUUGAGGGUAUCAUUGCAAUCUUGUUGAUCGUUGCACUGGUUGUACUGAAACUCGACUGGGAAAAACACAGAGAAACAACAGGACCCACAGAACACAUAACUGAUUCAGCAUAGUGGACACCAACGAAGAAAGAUUGGGUGAAAGUGUGAACAGAAAGAUUUCCCAAUACAAGUUUUCGUUUUCCUACGUUUAGCUUUAAAUAAAGAAUGUCCCCAAAUAGAAUACACACAAAAGAGAAAAUACGCGAUAAAAACGUACGCCAACGUAGGUUACUAUUAAAAUGUGGGGCGCUACUUAGUUUUCAGCAAGUUUUCAGUGCAAAUACAGUUGUUGCCUAUCAAAGUAGAAUUCCUCCCAGUGCAAGAAAUAAAUUGUCCCCGAUAUUUCACAGUUUAAUCUAAUAUAAUGUGAAAUAUGAAGUACUUUCGGAUAAAGUGACAAACCAGUGAAAUCUUGUGCCAGUUAGCAUAUUU